AGGCUCCUUGCGCAAUUUGAUGGAAUAACGCUGCUGUCACGCCUGCAGAGUACACGGCGAGUAUUCAAAGUACACGGCGAGUAUUCAAAGUACACGGCGAGUAUUCAAAGUACACGGCGAGUAUUCAAAGUACACGGCGAGUAUUUAAAGUACACGGCGAGUAUUUAAAGUUCACGGCGAGUAUUUGUUACCGCGAAUCUUGAUUUCUCCGUGCAAGUUGGAUUCUUCUCCUUGUCGGAGGUCAUGGACGUGUCAAAGUAUCGACUUUAAAGGCUCUUGUACCUUGGCUUUUUCCGCUUGGAGCGCGACCCCGCGAAGGAUGGUGAACAGCCAGGUGUCGGCCGCACCUCCGGCCCCCAGGUGGUGCGCGGGGUGCGGGGGGAAGAUCGCCGAGCGCUUCCUGCUCUUCUCCAUGGAGCGCUACUGGCACACCCGCUGCCUGAAGUGCUCCUGCUGCCAGGCCCAGCUGGGCGACAUCGGCAGCAGCUGCUACAGCAAGGGCGGCAUGAUCCUGUGUCGCAGCGACUACAUCAGGCUGUUCGGGCACAGCGGGGCGUGCAGCGCCUGCGGACAGUCCAUCCCCGCCAAUGAGAUGGUGAUGAGGGCGCAGGGAAACGUUUACCACCUGAAGUGUUUCAGCUGCGCCACCUGCAGGAACCGCCUCAUGCCCGGAGAUCGCUUCCAUUACAUGGACGGCACGGUCUUCUGCGAGCACGACAGACCCGGCGCUGCCUUGCUCAGCGGCCACCUGCCCCGUCUUCAGCGUAGUCCCGUGUUGACGGACCAAAAGGUCUGCUGAGGAGCGUGUCCUCUACAUGAUGGGGCGUGUCCUGUACGUGAGGGGUGUGUCCUGUACGUGAGGGGUGUGUCCUAUUCGUGUGCCCACGCUGGACUUCUCUUUCUCUCUCUCUCUCCCCCGCCACUGUCGCCAUUGUUGUGGAUUCUGCUCACCACCGCGCAUACCCGUCCUGAAAAUAAUGGCGGCCUUUCUUUGCACCCCGCCCGCCUACCCACCGCGUCGUCCAUGUUGUGCUCGGGUCUUCGGGUGGCCUGUCCCGCUCCGGGGACUCCUUGGGACCGUGAGAGCCUGAGCACAACGCUG